GGAGGAGGAGGAGGAGCAGGCCGGGUCGGGACAGAACUUUACUCAUUCCUUUUACCUCGGAUUUAGUGUGUUUUUCUACGCUUGAAACCAGUGUCCAGUUGGACUCUCCUUUAAGUCUCCAUGCCAGUAUAACGGUUCGACUUCAGACCUCCGCCCUUUUCUUUACACCAAGGAGCUUUUAUAGAUUAUUCAAGAUGUUGUGUCUGGACGCAGGAGAGUCAUCAAGACACACGCAGCUGGAUUAAGAUGUUACUGGAUGUUUUCCGUGCCUGAGGCUGGAGACAUCUGUUCUGCGCCACAGUCAGGUUUUUACUGGAAAGACAAACAAAAUGCAUCAUAACCAGGAGGAGCAGCGGGGAAAACCGAUUCCUGCGCAGCUCGGGACGACGCAGCGCGGCGGCUCCAGCAGCAGCAGCCCGGGGAGCAGCUUCGACAGCGGCCUGUCUGACCCCCUCCUCCCCCUCCUCCCCCAGCAGCAGUCUCCACCACCAGCCUACUCCUCACUGCACUUCAGGAGAAACGCAGUCACAGACGAUUAUAAAAUCACAACUCAAGUUCUCGGUCUGGGAAUCAACGGAAAAGUGCUGGAAUGUUUCUGCAAGAGGACCGGAGAGAAAUGUGCCCUCAAGAUUCUGUACGAUACUCCUAAAGCCCGACGGGAGGUUGAACUGCACUGGCGAGUGUCCGGUGGUCCCCACAUCGUCCCCAUCCUCAGCCUGUACGAGAACAUGCACCAAGGAAAGAAAUGUCUCCUCAUUAUAAUGGAGUGUAUGGUGGGAGGGGAGCUGUUCAGUCGUAUUCAGGCCAGAGGGGACCAGGCGUUCACAGAGAGAGAGGCCUCAGAAAUCAUGCAUGACAUUGGCAUGGCCAUCGAGUUCCUGCACCACAUGGACAUAGCUCACAGAGACGUGAAGCCUGAAAACCUGCUGUACACCACCAAGGAGAGCAACGCCACACUAAAGCUCACUGACUUUGGCUUUGCUAAGGAGACAACGCUGCACAACUCGCUCCAAACUCCCUGCUACACUCCAUAUUAUGUUGCCCCAGAAGUGCUUGGGCCAGAGAAAUAUGACAAAUCAUGUGACAUGUGGUCUUUGGGCGUAAUCAUGUACAUUCUUCUGUGUGGGUUUCCUCCGUUCUACUCUAACACCGGUCAGGCCAUCUCUCCAGGCAUGAAGCAGAGGAUCAGGUUGGGCCAAUACGAGUUCCCCAACCCGGAGUGGGCAGAUGUUUCUGAGGAAGCCAAACAGCUCAUCAUUCAGUUACUGAAGACCGACCCCAAUGAAAGGAUGACCAUUACACAGUUCAUGAAUCAUCCCUGGAUCAGUCAGUCAAUGGUCGUCCCUCCAACACCCCUGCACACCUCUCGUGUUUUGACAGAGGACAAGGAGCUGUGGGACGAUGUGAAGGAGGAAAUGACCAGUGCUCUGGCCACCAUGCGAGUGGACUACGACCAGGUGAAAAUCAAGGACCUGGACACGUCCAACAACCCUCUGCUCAACAAGAGACGCAAGAAGCCUGCGACUGGAGGAGCCGAUGGAGCCGGACAAGCUGAUGGAGGAGAUGGGGAUGGAAUAGUGUGUAAUAAUCACAGAGAGGUGACAUUUUCUGAAAAAGUAGCAUAAACAAGUCAGGGUGAGCAAUAUUUCCCCAUCUACAAGUCCCUCGGAUUGUUGUAUUUUGCUCACUUUUUUCUCCCUUUUCACAUCACUGCUCUCAAUAGUCUUAUGAAUGUUGUAUAAUUAGAUGGGCACCACUCGAACAUUUUAAAUAAAACUGAGUUUUUUAUGUUUUA